CAACCAAGCUUGUUUAUGAGUCAAUAACAAGGCUUUAAUCUAAUCUUGUCAAUCUCCCCUAUGCCUUGUACCUAUCAGAAAUUUACAGAUCAAAAGUUUCAAUCCAUCCAAAGCUCGAUCAACAAAAUCGCAUUCAACUUCACUCUAAAUACAUUCCUUUUUUCUUCACUAAGUAAAGUAAAACUAUCUCCCAAAACCAGCACUUGUCCUAUAAUACCAGUAACGUAGAAUGCGAUUAGAACUUUCACUUGUAACCACAAUUGAAUGUUUCAUUAAAUCAAAACAUCACGGAUUGUGAAUGUUUGUCAAGAGGCGAGCUACGCUAUUGAAAGCCGAGGUUCGUAUCACAAGAAUGGGGGAUAGUCAUCCACUGGAGGUCGUAAUUGCGGAACUUCAACCGGCAUCACCCAGACCCUCAGAUAAGCUUCUGAUAACAGUUUUUCUUCCAAAAACCAACUCAAUUCGCCAAGUAAAGGGGUUAUCGGCCAUAUCGGCGGUAUCAAUAACUUUCCCCCAAUUCUCAGCCUCCUCCGUUCUCGCGCAGUUUGCAUUGAUUAUUUCUUCCUUCAACAUCCAAAUCAAAUUUUCGCAUAAGGGGACUAAAGCCUCGCACCCUACCAUGAACGCGACCCAACUCAUCGCCGAAGUGCGAUCUUUUCGGGAUGUCUCAGUCUCCCGCAUCGAACCUCCUCUCGCGGAACUCCCUCACCCACUUCCCAAAAAUGUCACGGGAAUUGCUAAGCAGGUACUCACUGAGGAAGAGUUGAAAAUCACUAAACUUGAUGCACCGGAGUUAUUGAAAGCUAUCAGGGACAAAACGUUCAGUUGCGAAACCGUAACUAGAGCUUUUCUCCGAAGAGCAGCAUUAGCCCAGAAAUUGACAAACUGCCUAACAGAACUCCUCCCCGAAAAAGCCAUCGCCCGAGCAAAAUACCUCGACACCCUCCCCACUCCCUCAGGACCCCUCCACGGCCUCCCAAUCUCCAUCAAAGAGCACCAUGGCAUGAAAGACACCACCACCAACGGCUCCUACGUAGCAUGGAUCGGCUCCCCGCAAGUAGGGCCCUGUGCCGUGCAGGAAGUUCUCUGGAAAGCGGGAGCGGUGUUUUAUGCUCGCACCACGCAGCCGCAGGCUGUGAUGCAUUUGGAGACUAGUACGAACAUUUAUGGUGUUACAACGAAUCCGUGGAAUACAGACUUGACGCCGGGCGGAAGUAGUGGGGGUGAGAGUGCGUUGAUUGCUUGUCGGGGGAGCGUUUUGGGAAUGGGUGGUGAUAUUGGGGGCUCAAUACGAUGUCCUGCUGCUAAUACGGGUAUCUAUGGUUUCAAGCCAACUCCUGGUCGGAUCGCCAAGCAAGGCUCGUUUAAUGCUAUUGUUGGUCAAGAAGGCAUCAUGGCAACUCAAGGCCCCAUGGCGUCUUCCCGCUCUGGGUUAGAUUUAUUCAUGGAGACUUACCUCAGCUACCAACCUUGGAUAAAAGACGACUAUUUGGUUCCAAUUCCGUGGCGACCUGUUUCCCUCCCACAAAAACUCAAAAUUGCUAUCAUGUGGUCGGACGGAAUCGUGACUCCUCAUCCUCCCGUCACCCGGGCUUUGAAGUCUAUUGCUAAGACGUUGAAGGAGUUGGGGGCCGACAUUGAUAUCGUGGAUUGGAAACCGGAAGGCCAUGACGAAUGUUGGAAUCUGACGCAAGCUUUAUAUUACGAGGAUGGAGGGAGGACCGUCGAGGAGUUGAUCAAGAAGGGUGGAGAGGAGAUGUUGCCAUUGACGAAAUGGCUGAUUCAUGGGAGUGAGAAUGUGAAAUAUAGGAGUGUGGAGGAGGUUUGGGAUCUCAAAGCAAAGAGGAAUGCUUAUAGGCUGCGGUACAAUAAUCUAUGGCUGAGGACCGGAGCAGAUGAUGGGCAUCCGGUCGAUGCGAUUAUCUGCCCUGCUGGACCCGGCCCUGCGCCUCCACUCGGCAAUGCGAAAUAUUGGAAUUACACUAGUCAAUGGAAUUUGCUGGAGUAUCCAGGCGCUGUGUUUCCAGUCACAUUUGUGGACCAGGAUUUGGACAAGAAGGAUGCAAAAUAUGUUCCGAUGAAUGAACAAGACAAGUUCAAUUAUGACUUGUAUAGUCCAGAGAAGUAUGUCGCUGCGCCAGUCAGUCUCCAAAUUGUUACGAGAAGAUUUGAAGAUGAGAAAUGUUUGAAGAUACUAGAGUUCGUGGAGAAAGCGAUGGGAAGAAAGUGAGGGGUCGAUGGCCAAAGUAUAAAUAAAUGCAGAAUCACCAAGAGGAGGAAAGUCCCAUCACAAACAUAACAUUAACGUAACUACAAAUAGUGCACAUAAACUCAUCGGGAUAUUCCUAGGAUCAGAACUGGACAUGAAAGAACACUCGUUAAUUCAUGGAACACACACAC